CAUCAGUCAAUUGAAUCUAAACCACCAUGGGAAACCUGGAAGCACUAGACUAACGGUCUAGUGGUUAAGUGGUCACGCGCGAGACUAAUAGGUCUUGGGUUCAAAUCCUGUGGGGUGGGAUCGUGGGCGCGCGCUCCUGAAGAGUCUCACAAUAGGACGAAACGGCUGACCAAUACUUCCAGGUUUUUCAUGGUGAUCUAGCUUCAAUUUACUCAUGAUUCCAUCUAUUGAAAUAACUAUAAUAUCUACAAAAACCUCUUCUGAAAUUAUUCAUUAGUUAUCUGUUGUUGUGUAUUUUUCUGUUAUUCAUGUUCAGUAUGUUUAAUGUAUCGUGAUUAUGGAGAAUGUUGUUGUGCACCAUUAAUCGUACCGGCAUCUGAAUUUGUACUGGGAACACAACAUCGUGCACGUCAAAGAAUUAAAGGUGGAAUAGCUUCAGACUGCUGUCAAUGGAUAUGGUGUUCUUCAUGUUAUGUAUGCAGACUAAGAAGAGAUAUGAACUAUACACUAAGUCAACUGGGCACUUUAAUUUAGGCAUCCAUAUAUUACAUGCAAAUACGAUAAAUAUCUAUGUACUUAUAAACAGACAUCUAAUUUCAAAUUGUAAUUUAACAUAAAUGUUUC